ACAGACUCAACUCACCUACACUCCUCUCUACCCAAGAACAACCUCAACAACCAACACCAUGUGUGGCUACUACGGAAACUACUAUGGUGGCAGAGGCUAUGGCUGCUGUGGCUAUGGAGGCCUGGGCUAUGGCUAUGGAGGUCUGGGCUGUGGCUAUGGCUCCUGCUAUGGCUGUGGCUACCGUGGACUGGGCUGUGGCUAUGGCUGUGGCUAUGGCUAUGGCUCACGGUCUCUCUGUGGCUGUGGCUAUGGAUGUGGUUCUGGCUAUGGAUCUGGAUUUGGCUACUACUAUUGAGGAGUUCAAGGACACUUCACUUCCCACAUGUAUGAUGCAAAGAACUCCAAGUCCUAGCAGCACCAUGCAAAACUGGAAUAAUAUGAAGCUGUGGUGGCCUGAAAUACAUUGGCAUCCAUCUAUAUCCAAUAUUCUACUAUAAAUAACAUCUGUAUCCAGCUAUUUAUUCUACAAGCCUUGUAUAAGUACAAGAAUUGUAAUUUUAUUCUCUAUAUUUCCAAUAAACUCUGCUAAGCUAAAUA